UGGCAGACAACACAAGAAGGCUUGAGAGAGUACUUCUGCAAAUUUGGCGAGGUGAAGGAGUGCAUGGUGAUGCGGGAUCCCGUUACCAAGCGGUCGAGGGGGUUCGGCUUCGUUACAUACGCAGAUCAGGCCGGUGUGGAAAAGGUUUUGGCACAAAACAGACAUGAAUUGGAUUCCAAAACGAUCGACCCAAAGGUGGCGUUUCCCCGCCGGGCUCAGCCUAAGCUUGUGACCAGGACAAAGAAGAUCUUUGUCGGAGGACUUUCAGUCAAUACGACCAUCGAAGACGUGAAGCAAUACUUUGAUCAGUUUGGAAAGGUCGACGACGCUAUGCUCAUGUUCGACAAAACGACCAACAGACACAGAGGUUUCGGUUUUGUCACUUUUGAAAAUGAAGACGUGGUUGAGAAAGUUUGUGAGAUCCAUUUCCACGAGAUCAACAACAAAAUGGUGGAGUGUAAGAAAGCCCAGCCCAAAGAAGUAAUGACGCCGACGGGCUCCGCCAGGGGCCGCUCCAGAGUGAUGCCUUAUGGGAUGGACACCUUCAUGCUGGGCAUCGGCAUGUUAGGCUACCCUGGUUUUCAGACUACUACCUACACCAGCCGCAGCUACUCUGGAAUAGCACCCGGAUACACUUACCAGUUCCCAGAGUUCCACUUAGAGCGGACCCCCCUUCUGACAUCAUCCCACCCCCCUGAGCUGGCAGCCAUUCCCCUCACUGCAUACGGACCAAUGGCGGCGGCGGCGGCAGCAGCAGUAGUCAGAGGCUCCACCCCUUCACGCACAGCUGGUUUCCUGGGCACCAGCAGCCCCGGACCAAUGGCCGACCUGUACGCUGCGGCCAACCAAGACUCAGGAGUCAGCAGCUACAUCAGUGCCGCUAGCCCCGCCCCCAGCACAGGGUUUAGCCAUGGUCUAGGGGGUCCUCUGAUCGCCACUGCGUUCACUAAUGGCUACCACUGAGGAGGCUCGGGUCACAGAGGAUCGGAGGGCUCCUCCUCUGUCUGCUGUUGUGCCAAUCAGAACGCUGGCUGCCCCUUGACGGCGCGAUCUGAUUGGCUGGCCACGGGUCUCCAGCGGGCUCUCCUGGCACCACGUGGCUCCACCCACCGACUGAAGAUCUUUUUAAAAACCAGAACUCUUGUUUUGCUGUACUAAUCUCACUUCAACAUAACGUCCCCGGUUCUUCUUCUCCUUCUUUUUUUUUUUCGUCCUCUUCAUGUAGAGCAACACACUAAUUCCCGCACAUCCCACCACCGUCUUUCCUCGGUUACCAUUUCUUUCUUCUAUUGAAGCUGAGGGGAGGAAUCUGCAAAAAAAAAAAAAAAAUGUUUGAGAAGCUGUUGGAGUAGGACAAAGAGGAACUGUUUUGAUUUAUUUUUUAAAUGAUUUUAUUAUAAUGUGAUGUGUUAUUUUAUCAUGAAAUCUUUCAGAAGCUGUUACUGAUGUGGUAAAAAAAAACACAAAAAAAAAACAAACAAAAGAAACGCGUGAGAUGGGGGCAUUUUUAACAAAGGAAGAACAAACCCGACAAAAAGUCCUUUUUUACGCUGCAACUGUCACUGAAAACACAGAUGAAAAAACAAAACAAAACAAACAAAAAAAACCAAACA